AAGUCACAUGAGAAGGAAGGAUGGGUCUCUGGUGUUUGCGUCUCCCCACAGCAACCAGAAGGGGGAGCAGCGGGUCAAAUUAAGACCUGUGAAGGAGCUUUCAGCCGUUGGGAAGUCACAUGAGAAGGAAGGAUGGGUCUCUGGUGUUUGCGUCUCCCCACAGCAACCAGAAGGGGGAGCAGCGGGUCAAAUUAAGGGAUGGACGAUGUCAACUGAGAGCAGAACCCAGCAGCGUGUGAAAGGCGUACCUGAGCUGUACAAACAGGGCAGCCCUGUAUUUAAGAGAAGUCCCAACAUCACAAAGUCUCCACUCACAAAGUCAGAGCAGCUUCUCAGAAUAGAUGAUCACGACUUCACCAUGAGACCUGGAUUUGGGGGUCCUGCAAUACCAGUGGGCGUUGAAGUACAAGUGGAAAGUUUAGACAGUUUUUCAGAGGUUAAUAUGGACUUCACUAAGACACUACUGGAAAAGAUGAGCGCUUCUCCUUCCCCAGUUCCAACAAUCAGAGAAUGA